AUGAAAAAGAUCAGCUACUUCUCAACCAGCUCCCUUCUGAGUGAUAGGACACAAUUUCCUUCCUUCUUCAGGACUGUUCCAAGUGAUGCUUUCCAGUCCCAGGGGCUAGCAGAAAUGGUGAACCAUUUUGGAUGGACAUGGGUAGGUCUUGUUGCUUCUGACACUGAUUAUGGCCAAGAGGGCAUCAAGGUGAUUAAACAGGAGAUUGCGAGGUCUGGCGCCUGUGUGGCCUUUACAGAAUAUAUAACAAGUGUGCUGUCCUACAAGAACAUCCGUGACAUUGCUAAGGUCAUCAAGAUCUCAACUGCUAAAGUUGUGGUAGCUUUCUCUACCGACAUCUACCUCAUCCCGUUAUUCGAAGAGAUGAUGGCACAAAAAGUAACUGGAAAAAUCUUUGUAGCUAGUGAAGCUUGGUCCGUCUCCAAUGUACUCUCAGUAGAUAAAUAUUCUCCACUUCUAUCUGGCACUCUCGGUUUUGCUUACCACAGCUCAAAGAUCCCUGGCUUCCAAGAAUAUCUCAACAGCAUUAAUCCAUACCAAACCCCUGGCAGUAAGUGGUCCAAGAUCUUCUGGGAAGAGGCAUUUGAAUGCACAUUCCUUCCACAAAACAACUUCUCUGACACAGUGAAUGAAAUGAGCAUUUGUAGAGGAGACGAGGACCUAAUGAGCAUCCAUAAUCUCUAUAAUGAUGUGUCAAGUCUAAGAACCUCUUAUAAUGUUUACACGGCUGUAUAUGUCAUUGCAAAGGCUCUUGAUGACCUGAGAUACUGCAAGUACUUGGAUGGUUCUCUUCCUGGUGGGAAAUGUACGGGUUUAUGGAGAUUUAAACCAUGUCAGCUACUGCACUAUUUUAGGAAAGUACGAGUGACACUGAGGAACAAAAGAGAAGUUUUCUUUGAUGAGAAUGGGAACCCACCGGCGACGUAUGAUGUUGUCAACUGGCAGAGGAGACCAGAUGGUUCGAUGACCCAAGUGAAAGUCGGAAGCUAUGACACUGUGGCAUCCUCUGGAGAUAUUUUUACCAUCAACUCAAGUUCACUGUGGUGGGAACAUGGCGCCCAGGAGGUUCCCAUUUCCACUUGUAGUGAGAGCUGUCCCACAGGAUUCAGAAAGGCCGCUCGUAGAGGUAAACCUAUUUGCUGCUUUGAAUGUGUCUCUUGUCCUCAAGGAGAGAUCUCUAACCAAACUGAUUCCAUAGACUGUUUCAAAUGUCCUUGGGAUAUGUGGCCCAAUGCUCAGAAGGACAGAUGUUUAGAAAAACCUAUUGAGUUUCUGUCUUAUGAUGAACCAUUGGGGAUCAUUUUGGUGGCUAUAAGUGUUUCGUCCUCUUCGAUCCCAAUAUCCAUCUUUAAACUUUUCAUUCACUACAAGUCUACGCCGAUUGUCAGAGCAAAUAACUAUACGUUGAGCUGUAUUCUGUUGGUGUCCUUGUCAUUAUGCUUCCUAUGCUCUUUGGUCUUCAUUGGUUACCCUCAGCCUGAGAAGUGUCUCCUGCGUCAGGCAGCAUUCGGAAUGGUGUUUACCAUUUGCGUCUCCUGUGUAUUAGCCAAAACCAUCAUGGUAGUUUUUGCCUUCAUGGCCACCAGACCGGGAAGCAGCCUAAAAAGAUGGACCACACCUCAAGUGUCCUACAUGAUCAUCCUAUUCUGCUCACUCCUACAAUUCCUUUUGUGCGUCAGUUGGAUUGUUGCUGCCCCUCCUUUUCAACAGAAUAACACUGAAACCCAACCUGGAAUUAUUGUGGUUGAAUGUAAUGAAAACUCCCGCACUGCUUUCUGGAGUAUGUUGGGGUUCCUUGGUCUGUUGGCCUCCAUCAGCUUCAUUGUUGCCUUCUUGGCCAGAAGACUACCUGAUAGCUUUAAUGAGGCCAAGUUCAUCACCUUCAGCAUGCUGGCCUUCCUCACUGUCUGGGUGUCCUACAUCCCGGCCUCUCUCAGCUCACAGGGAAAGUAUACAGUGGCCAUGGAGAUAUUCGCUAUCCUGUCAUCGAGCUGGGCCCUUGUCACCUGCAUGUUUCUGCCUAAGUGUUUUAUCAUAGUGUUCCGACCUAACAAGAACUCCAAAGAAAAUCUCUUGGGUACGAAAAAAGAGACUUCAAUAGAAACCAAGCAAUAGAAUGGGAAAAUGACAACUGAGCAUGAUAAUAAUAAAAUUAACAGAAAAAAGAAAACAUGUAUAACAUUAAUUCUAAUGUGUA